AUGCCGAGUUUCUUCUCGAGGUUGAAGGGUAAAGAUGGCCCAACGAAAGCAUCCAAGAAGAAGGGAGGACUUGACGAUCUGGCCGAUCAAGUACCAGCGAAAUCGACAUGGACAGAUGCAUGGACGCGAACCAGUGUAGAGCCAGAAGAGAUUCAGGAACUGGUGAGGGGAUGUACGGUGGAAUUGAAAUCCAGAGCUUUGGACAUGCCAUUCCUUCUCCUUCCUUUCCGACCUACGUCAGAUCCAAGUGCGGCAAGGACGUUCAUUAGGAAUUUCUUCGAUAAGAGACGAUUGGGUGGAGAGACGUUGGCACAAGAAUUAAGACUCACGGAACCUAUGGUACUAUGUAGUGUGCUUAAAUGGUGUUGGAGUCGAGUGGCCGGUGGUGUAGUUUCAUGGGAUGCAUAUGAACUAUUCAAGGUUGGAGAGCAUGAUUCAAAUUAUGCCCGCGACGCAUUUGUGACUUUCAUACCUCUGAGUGUAGAUACUGAUGCGAGAAGAGAUAUCAUCUUUGAUUUCUUCGAUCUCUUAUCAGCUAUUGCAGCACAUGGUAAAUUGAAUGGUUUGGCUGGACGAAAAUUAUCAAGAUAUGCAGGAUGGUGGGCUUUUGAUCAUGCUGAUACGGGCAAUGGAUUUGAAGGUGGAUAUAAAGGAUGGUCAACUGCUGCAGAUGCUGCAAGUCAUCUAUUCUUCGCCUAUCUUCGAUCACUCUCUCCCGAUUCUGUCACAGGUAUAAACGGCAUAUCUAAAUUGCCCAUGUCCCUACAGAAGCUUGUUCAGGAAACCGAAUACCCACCAGACCAACCAUCGUUAUUACAACAGUCUACUACAAAGGUUGUCAUGAUAGUAAAUUCCGUUUCACCUACACCAUUUUCAUUGUUGCGAAGAGCGAAUCACUUCCAAUAUCGAGACGAUGACCGCGCUCUCCAACAAUUCUCCGAAUACGAGGAUCCUGUUAAAGCUUUGACUAAUGAAUGCCGUCGUGUCCUGAGAUCAAUUUCGUCUAUCAAUCAAUCCCAAAUAUCUAAUGCUAAAGACUCCACGGGUUUACGAGAUGCUUCCUGGUCACGAUUCGAAGAUAUUGGGUUUUCUGCAUCUUUUGAUGAUGAUACGGUAAACGAUGAAACUAAUUACUUUGGGCCACGGAAACCAAAACCAAUUCAAGGGCUAAGAAAUACUCCAGCGAAUGGCGGGGCCAGACCUGGCGAUAGACCAACUACCCCAUCCUGGGCAGAUUUUCUCUCUUCGGGCUUUGUUGAUGAUGGACCAAGCAGUCCUCCACCUUUACUACUACCACCCGAUAAGAUCUUACCACCGAUUAACACCAGAGCAGGAAGCUCUCAAUCACAUCAACCCAGACUCGAAUCAAAUAAAGACUUGGAACCGGGUGAGCUUGCAAGUAUUACUCGAUUUGAUUUGGAUGACUCGUUCUGGUGGGUUUGGAUUAGUAGUUUGGCUGGUGAGGAGACGAUAGACAGAAAAGCUUCAUUCGGACGUUGUGCUUUGAUCGAGACAACAAUCCCUGGUGGCCGGUGGUUGGUAAUGGAGGAAAUGGUCAAGGGUGCAGCACCAGAGCCUGAGGCAGGAGCUUAUAUUGCGGAGAAAAAGAGCUUCUGGGGUCGAACGAAAAAGAAUAAAAGUAAUGGAAACCGACGAGGAUCUACUGGCAAAACCGAGAUGGAGAAACCCAACAACUUAAAACCAGGAUAUAGUCAAAGUACGAGCGCCAGCAAGACCACCAUAGGUCCUGAUCAACAUGCUCGAAUUCAAGCAGCCGCUCUUCAGUUACAACAAAGACAGAGAAAGCAGGAUGAGGAGAAAGGACUCGGAGUUCGACGUGGUAGAAAUGAUUUGGAUGCUGCUUCGUUGAAGACCAGCAGUGUUUUUACACUUCAACCAAUUCUCAAAACAGAGGCAUCUCCAGCAAUGAAAUGGGCCAACAAAUACGACAAAGAUGCGAUUCGAGAAGCCUAUCUCGGCAGUAACUUCACGGGAACGGGACGAGGUCUUGGAGAAGCUACCAUGCAGACAAAUGGGAAUUUAUAUGACCGUCAGGCGGCUCUAUCGCCAGGUAUUAACAGAGACAGAGAUCUACCAGCUACUCCAACUACUCCAAAUGUUCCUUCAUCGCCUUUACCUCCUCUACCCAUUGACGACGAUAAAGCCGAACUUGCGCGAGCUCCAAUUUCACCGAGUAAUAUUCAUCCACUCGAAAGAAAGCCGAUUCCAGUGCCUCCUUCUCCUUUGAAUCAAAAUAAGCCAAGUAUGGAUUUUCCCAGAGCUUCUAUGGAUUAUUCAGCAUCAAGCCCACAAGAUCAGGAUAAUCAUAAGAAAUUGAAGAAGAAAGAUCCUGCUACCGGCGGUGGAUUCAGAGGCAUGUUCGUUAGGAAGAAGCAAACGAAACCUGCACCACCAAAUGCUUCUGAAAUGGCAAUGAAUGGUAAAGGCGGACCCAAACAUGAAGGAAAGAGGAACAGUCUCACAAGACGUUUUUCCAGAAAAAAGAGUCCACUCGUGUCCCCCAGCAGUGAGAGAGGGGAUGAACUUGUUUCACCAGCUCCUCCAAUGUCAUCUGGUGACCGUACUCCUGUUACUCCAGCCACUCCUCAUCGUCCUUCUUACGAACAGUCCCUUGCUCAAGACGACAUAUCGAGAGUUGAUACUGAGGAUGCCCGAGAAGCUCAUCAAGAAUUCUCUAGAUUUGAUCAAGGACCUCUCGAAGAUUUUCCAGCAUUUGCUCCAACAGCCGAAUCAAGUACGCCAAGAGUAAGUGAAGAUUCUGAAUCACCACCAAGCCGAUACGAAGAAGUCGACGAACACCCUCAAGGAGAACCACUCACGCACCAAACCUCUCCUCAAGAAAAAUGGGCACAAAUUCGUAAGAACGCCGCCGAACAAUCAGCCGCACAUAAUAGACCAAGCGAGGAACAAUCUAGAGGUGGAUAUAGUCAACGGACUGAUAAUGAUGAUGGAGAAACUUCAGGGGAAGAGAGUGAGUAUUUACCUCCUUCUACAUCUUAUUCAUGGGGAGACAUACUAAUGGAUCCAGCAAUUGAAUCUCGCGUUGCACGUAUUAAGGCUCGCGUAGCUGAGCUUACGGGUAAUAUGGAUAAUCAUAACUCACCUGCUCCUCCUAUUCGAAGAAAAGCUCUAUAA